UCCUCCCCCUCCCCCCCGCCUUUGUUCUCUACUCCGUUCAACGCCUCCCCCACCCUGUCCGGCACUCCAUCCGCUCCUUCAUCACAAAUUCAUGCUUCUUUGUUGGGACCGGGGAAGGCGGUGGUAUCCUUUGACACCAUGAAAAUGUGCGACUCCUUGCAGGAAGCAGGCUUCUCCAAAGCGCAGGCCCAGACCGUCUUGAGAGUGCUGGUCGCGGGGAUGGAGGAGUGCACGUUGAGAAGCACGGCGAUGAUCGCGACGCGGCGGGACCUGUUGGACCUGAAAUCAGACUUGAGCGAACGUCUCUUCGGCAGCACCAUGCGUUUCGACGUGGCGCAACGCCACAACAAGGAAGUGAUCGAGAGGGACCUACAAUCCUUGCGAUCGGACGUCAACGCCUCCAUUCACGCGGAGAUCCAAAAAAUCGAGCGGGAAAUGUCGAAUUUGGAAAAAGUGCUGACCGACAGGCACUUGACCCGGCGGGAGCUCAUGGAGCAGCGCGUUUCCGUCUUACAGGUAGCCUGGUAACGGUCGAAGAGACGCA